AUGCAUCCCCUCUUUGGGCUGGUUUUGGCACAGAAGGACCUCUCUCGUGCAGGGGAUCUUUUCUCCCUGGAGGAUGCUGAAAUUGAAGGAAGCCUCUCAGAAGCUCUGGAGCAGAUAAGGAUAAUCAGUUCAUCUGCAGACUACCAGAGCAAUGACAACGACCAGGCUGUGGUGGAGAUCUGCAUCACCAGAAUCACCACAGCCAUCAGGGAGACUUCAUCCAUCCAGAAACAUGGGAAAUCCCUGGUGGCUCUCUGGGAGUCCUGCCUGGAGCACAACCUGAAGCCCUCUGGAAAAGAUGAGGACACUCCACAUGCCAAAAUUGCUUCUGACAUCACCAGCUGUAUCUUGCAGAAUUACAAUCAACCCCCAGUGAUGGCUUUGGCUGUCCCAGUGGCAGUCAAAUUUCUUCAGAGGGGCAACAAGGAGCUGUGCAGGAAUAUGUCAAGUUACCUCUCCUUGGCUGCCAUUGCCAAGGCAGAGCUGCUGGCUGAUCACACAGACAUCAUUGUCAAGAGUGUCCUUCAAGGGAACUCUCUGCUGCUGCGGGUCCUGCCUGCCCUCUACGAGCAGCAACCACAGCUGAUCAACCUCCACCUGAGGGAGCUGGUGGCACUGAUGGCCCAGCUGGACCAAGCUGAACAGCAUCACCUCCUCAGGCUCCUCCAGACUGUGGCUAGGAGCAAAGAGCUGGGGGUGCUGAAAGAGUGCAUCCCAUGCCUCUUUGGACACCUGAGAGACCCAAACCACAGUGACCUCAUUCUGAACAUACUUCUAGAAAUAUCCAGCUAUGAACCAACAGCUUUGGCCACUUUCCUUCCCAUGCUGAAAGAAAUUGGGGAGAACUCUCCAAGUCUGAUUGGGCAAACAGCAAAGAUCUUUGGAGCUGUUGGACAUAUUGAUGAGGAGCGAGCCAGGACCUGUCUGCUCUACCUGGUGAGCCAGCUGGCCAACAUGGAACACUCUUCCCACCACCUGCUCCUGCUGGAAAUUAAGAGCCUCACUGACACCUUCUCCAGCAUCCUGGGCACCCAGAGCAGAGACAUCUACCGCAUGAGCAACAGCUUCACUGCCAUAGCCAAGCUCCUGCUGCAGCACCUGGAGAAUGGCAGCGCCUCUGCAGCCAGGAUGGAAAAUGAGGCUGAAACCGAAUCUGCUGUGCCACUGGAUGACUUCAAAGCUGUUGUGGAUGGAAAGGAAGAGGAUGAGAACCUGCAAGUGAGGAGACAAGCUUUUGAAGAGAAGCUGCACAUGGACAGCAGCACUCCUGGCUCAGUGAGGAGGUACAGCUUAGGCCAGGUCUCUAAAGAGGAGAGGAAGGACCUGAGGUUCAACAGGUCCAGAAGCCUGGCCCUGCACGCAGUGCGUGGGAAGGGGGCGAGCUCAGAGAGCGGCCAGGAGGAGGAGGAGGAGGAGGAGGAGGACAGCAGGGAGCUGCCUGCUGGGGUCUCCUUCACUGACAUCUACAUCAGCCAAGAAAAUGACAAAAUGCCUUUGGGGCUGGAUGCUGAAGCCAUGCAGCUGGGAAGUUCUUUGGCUUCACACCACAGCAGUGCAAAUUCAGCAGAGGCUGCUCAGGGAGAGGUCUUCAAAGGAAAGCAAGAGGCAGUGAGGAGCCCUGUGGAGCACCAGGACAAGCUCUACCUGCACCUGAAGGCAAACCUGGGCAAAGUCAAAGACUAUGUCACAGAGAUGGGGAGGAGGAUUCCCAUCCCUGACCACUGUGUCAUUGAAGACACUGUUAGAAGCUGUGUGGUCAAGCUGUCCUUCAGCUGUCCCCUGAAGGGCCAUUACUGCCUGUACAGCAAAUCCAGUUUCACCCUGGUCAGCCAGCAGCCUCCACUGUGGAUCCACAUCAUGUUCCUCUUCCAGCAGAGCUUGUUUGCAGAACCGCUGUCUAUCCAGAGUCACUCUGUCCAAGUCCUGAAGGCCCUGUGGGAGAAGACUCAGCUGAAGGGGACACACAGUUUUGAAACUGCCAUGAUCCAGUCAACGUUUCCACACCAGAAGGACCUGGAGCAUGUGCAGAUGCAGCUGGAGGAGGUGAGGUUCUUUGAUUUGUUUGGCUACAGUGAGGAAGCAGGAGCCUGGCAGUGCUUCAUGUGCAACAACCCAGAGAAGGCAGCAGAGGUCAACCAGGCAGGGCAGCCCCUGAUGGAGGGCAAGCUGAAGGAGAAGCAGGUCCGCUGGAAGUUCAUCAAGCGCUGGAGGACUCGCUACUUCACCCUGGCUGGCAACCAGCUGCUCUUCAGGAAAGGCAAAUCUCAGGAGGCCCCUGAGGGGUGUCCCAUCGAGCUCAGCAACGUGCAGAGUGUCAGAGUGGUGACCAAGAAGCGCAGGGACCGCAGCCUGCCCAGGGCCUUUGAGAUCUUCACCGACACCAAGACCUUCGUCUUCAAGGCCAAGGAUGAGAGGAACGCAGAGGAGUGGCUGCAGUGCAUCAGCCUGGCUGUGGCACAGGCCAGAGAGAGGGAGAGCCAAGAGGCCACCACCUACCUCUAG